AUGAGCAAGGACGAGAGGAUGGACGAUGAGAUGGACAGACAGUUCAACAGGUGCUGUUGCGACAAAAGAUUCCUCAUCAACAAAGUUGACGAGGGCAAGUACAAGUUUGGAGAAUCUCAGAAGUUGCACUUGGUACGAAUUCAAAGAAGUUGCGUGAUGGUGAGAGUGGGCGGUGGGUGGAUGGCCCUGGAUGAAUUUCUUACCAAACAUGACCCCUGUAGAUUACGCAAGUUGAAGUGUGCCUCAAAAUCAACUGGUCACAUUUUCAAAAGUUCCGAAGGUAUAAGUCAGAUGAUGGCUCCAUUCAGAUCCAAGCAGGCUCAAAUGAGUUCGCCGGCCCGCACUCCAAUGAAAUGUCGGCAACACAAUCGUGAUGAUGAAGAUAAGUUAUUGGAGGAAAAAUCUUCGAGUUACGCUGACGAGGGAGCAAACAAAACUUCAGAAGGUGGACUAGCUUGUUUUUUAUGA